AUGAGCGAAUCUCAAAUAAACUCGAAAGACACCCCCUCCAUUGAAGAGAUAAAAUUAAAUUUCGAAACGAAAAAGUUUGAAAAUGUUCUUAACUUGACAAAGAUUAUAUAUAAUAACAACAAUUGCAAUGAGUACGCGUUAAAAGCAAGGUAUUCUUGUUUUAUUGAAAAAGGAGGGUUUAGUAAAAUAAUACAAGAAGUAAUUCAUUGUUUAAUUAAGGAUGAUACAUUUAAAGAAGGGGAAAAAAAAAAAAAAAGUUUCAAAGAUAUAUUUCAAGAAAAUUACAGACAGAUUAAAGAUAAGAAUGUUUUAUUUGAAUUUUUUUAUUCUAUGUAUAAAUUAAAAAAAUAUAAAAAAUUGAAUGGUUGUUUAAAAUAUUUUAAAGAACAUGAAAAUAAAUAUGAAGAUUUUAUUGAUGUGUUAUUAGCUGAAGUAAAUUUUAAAUUGCAUAACUUUGAUGUUUGUAUUAAUUCAUACGAAUUCUUAUUAAGAAAUAAUAAAGCGAAACAAGUAAUUGCAGCAACGGUUAACUUGAAUAGUAGUUACUUUUCCUUGUACAUAAAAUUAUUGUAUGAAUACAAUUUUUUGAGGAAAAAAAAAAAUACUAAAAGAAGUCAGAGGAAAGAGAAGUAUAAGAAUAACAAGGAUGUGAAGAAUGAGAAACAUAAGAAGAGUAUCAGUAACAGGGAUGGUAACGAUAACGAUAACGAUAACUACAGCUAUAACUACAACAGUAACGAUAAAAUCAAUAGUAAUUGUAACGACGAUAGUAACGGUAAUGGUAAUACUGGCGGGACAACUGUGAAGGCACAUGGAGCUAUAGAAUUUAAGGACAUACAAAAUUUGAAAGACCAAAUUGCUGCAAGUACCAAUGAUUUUAACUAUGAUAAAAAUGAUAGCUUUGAGCAACUGUUUAAUUAUGCUACAUUUUUUGCAAUAGAAAAGAAUUUUUCCGAGGCCUUAAAAUUCCUUGAUAUACUGGAUGAUGUAUGUAAUAAUACGCUAAUUGCAGGGGAAAUUGGUUCGGAUAACGCUGAUAUAUCAGUUGAAGUAGAGGAAGAAGGUGUAAAUGGCUAUACUGAAGUAACAAGAGAAAAGAUGAAAGGAGCGAAUAUGUCAAUGAAUCACGUGGAUGAACUAAGUAUAAAAAGAGUGCUAAUUCAAAUGGAAAGAGCAUAUGUUUAUUCUAAAACAAACAAAGUGAAUGAAGCCAUAUCUUUAUAUGAAAAUAUAUUGAAAAAUUAUGAUAAUAAUAUAAAUGAAGAUAUAGUAUUAUUAGCUUAUAAUAAUUACAUAGCAUUAAUGCAUAAUGAUAGUCAAAAAGUUUUUGAGAAAAAAAAUUCAAAGAAAACUACACCUCUCCUUUUUACUAUUAAUACUGAUAAAUUGAACCAGAUAAAAAUUUUUCUUAUUAUGAAUAAAAGAGUACAUAAUGAGCUCAGCGAAUAUAUAACUAGUACAAUAAAUUUUAAUGAAUGCAUAUUAUCGUUAAGUAAUAAUAAUAAAGAAGAAUUUAAGUCGAAAUUGGCCAAAUUCUCCUUAAAAUUUAGCAACUCUGUAUUAUUGGAUAGGUUAUAUAUACUACUCUAUAAGGAUAUCAACUACUUGAAAUGCAAACAUUACAUACAUAAUAACAUUGAUUUAAUGAACUCUGUAGAAAAUAAAAUUAAAUUUAUUAAUGCAUAUAUAUAUCUAUGUUAUGAAAAAAAGAACUACAAAGAUAUUGUAAAUAUCCUUUUAAAGUAUCAACACAUAUUUCAAAGUAGUCCUAGUCAUUAUGGCAUCUUUUUUUCCAAUUUGUUUCAUAUAUAUAUUUGCGUAAAUUAUAAGGAAAAUUGUAAGAAGACUAGUGGUAGCGAAAGUGCUACUGAUAAUGCAUUAUUACCUCACAAAAAUUUAGAGGCAGUAAUUUCCUUAUUUGAAAAGUACAAAAAUAGUGUUAAAACAAAUAUACAAAUAGUUAAUUAUGAAACGCUCCUUUUAGUUAGUAAAUAUUUGAUAUGCCAUGACAAGUCUAAUAUUCUUAUUGAUAUUUUUGAUCAUUUAUCCAAGGAAGUGAAAAACAAUUUUAAUUUCUUUACUUGCUUUACAUAUAUUUAUACCUAUAUGAAUAUAAAUAAUGCAUAUAAAUAUGAAGAUAAGUUAAAAAAAAUCGUUCUACCUGAAACAUACCUUAUUGAUGUAGAAGAACUGGAAAAUAAAAGCAUCCCAUUUGACUCUAUUGUGAACAACAAUCUAAGUUCAUUAUCUGUAGACAAAAGUAAGAGAAAACGCAAAAGAUUGAGGAAAAAAAAUAAAAAAUCAAUUGAAACACUAAAUAAUCAAAGCAGCUAUGAUCCUGAUAAGUGGUUACCAAAACACGAAAAAUCAGGAUUUAAAAAGUCCAAAAAAAAAAAACAAAAAAUGGAAGCAGAUAAAACAAAGGACGUUGUAUAUGUGGAGGAAAAUAAAACUCAGAUAAAUCAAGCAAAAUUGCAAAAUUUGAAAAAAAGGAGGAAAAAAUAA